CACCGGGGGCGCGGCAGGCUCGUCCCACCCGCCUCCCGCAGCCGCUCGGUGCUCCUGGACGCCGAGACGGGCCAGCUGCGCCUGGUGGACGGCCGCCACCCUGACGCGGUGGCCUGGGCCAACCUUACCAACGCCAUCCGCGAGACCGGGUGGGCCUUUCUGGAGCUGCACACAAAUGGCCAGUUCAACGACAGCCUACAGGCCUACGCGGCAGGCGUGGUGGAGGCCGCCGUGUCCGAGGAGCUCAUCUACAUGCACUGGAUGAACACGGUGGUGAAUUACUGCGGCCCCUUCGAGUAUGAAGUCAGUUACUGCGAGAGGCUCAAGAACUUCCUGGAGGCCAACCUGGAGUGGAUGCAGGAGGAGAUGGAGCUGAACAAGGACUCUGCUUACUGGCACCAGGUGCGGCUGACCCUCCUGCAGCUGAAAGGCCUAGAGGACAGCUAUGAAGGCAGUGUGAUCUUUCCAACUGGGAAGUUCACCAUCAAACCCUUGGGGUUCCUCCUGUUGCAGAUCUCUGGGGACCUCGAAGACUUAGAGCUGGCCCUGAAUAAGACCAAGACCAAGCAUGCUUUGGGCUCUGGCUCCUGCUCCGCCCUCAUCAAGCUGCUGCCUGGCCAAGGUGACCUCCUGGUUGCCCACAACACCUGGCACUCCUACCAGUACAUGCUGCGCAUCAUGAAGAAGUACUGGUUCCAGUUCAGGGAAGGGUCCCAAGAGUCGACCCCGGCUCCCGGCAACAGGGUGAUCUUUUCCUCCUAUCCUGGUACCAUCUUCUCCUGUGAUGACUUCUACAUCCUGGGCAGCGGGCUGGUGACACUGGAGACCACCAUCGGUAACAGGAACCCGGCCCUGUGGAAGUACGUGCAGCCCAAGGGCUCUGUGCUGGAGUGGAUGCGCAACGUCGUGGCCAACCGCCUGGCCCCGGAUGGGGACACCUGGGCCAAUAUCUUUAAGAGGUUCAACAGCGGCACGUACAACAACCAGUGGAUGAUCGUGGACUACAAGGCAUUUGUGCCCGGCAGGCCCAGCCCUGGGAGAAGGGUGCUCACUGUCCUGGAACAGAUCCCGGGCAUGGUGGUGGUGGCCGACAAGACCUCGGAACUGUACCAGAAGACCUACUGGGCCAGCUACAACAUCCCGUCCUUUGAGUCUGUGUUCAACGCCAGCGGGCUGCCCGCCCUUGUGGCCCAGUACGGGGACUGGUUCUCCUACGAUGGGAGCCCCCGGGCGCAGAUCUUCAGGCGGAACCAGUCGCUGGUACACGACCUGGACUCCAUGAUCCGGCUUAUGAGGUACAACGACUUCCUGCACGACCCUCUGUCACUGUGCAAAGCUUGCAGUCCCAAGGCCAAUGGGGAGAACGCCAUCUCGGCCCGCUCCGACCUCAACCCAGCCAACGGCUCCUACCCCUUCCAGGCCCUGCACCAGCGCUCCCACGGGGGCAUCGAUGUGAAGGUGACCAACAUGGCACUGGCCAAGGCCUUGCGCCUCCUGGCGGCCAGUGGCCCCACGUGGGACCAGCUGCCCCCGUUCCAGUGGAGCACCUCGCCCUUCAGCCGCCUGCUGCACAUGGGCCAGCCCGACCUCUGGAAGUUCUCGCCCAUCGAGGUCUGGUGGGACUGAGGCUCCUCCUCUGCUCUGCUGCCUUCCGCCCGUGCUGACCCCAGCAGGGCCACCCCACCGGCUGCCACCCUGAACUCCUGCCUGCCUCCUUGAGUGGGCAUUGCCCCCUGCUGUGCCCAGAUCUGGGACCUGGGUCAGCCAGACCAGGUUUAAUCUCAUCUAGGUGGCCUCCUGGGUAGGGCGUGGAACCUGAUGGAGCCCAAGACUGACUCCUUCCCCAUCUCCCUCUCCAUGUGCGUAUCUCUCUCUUUCUCUCCCCCUACUUCUCUCUGUGUGUCUCUGUCUCUCUGCUCUCCCUGCCCUGCUUUCUCUUUCAUUCUGGAGCUGCAUCAUCAUACUGCCCCUUCCCGAGGGCCAGAGAGGAGUCCUAGGAUCAGGUUCUGGGGCCCCCAGUGGGGCAGGCAGGGGGGGCCUGUUCCCGUCCCUACGUCCCUACCUCCCAACAUCCUUCUGGCUAGAGGCUCUGGAGCUUUGGGGGUUUCAGCCCCGCCCCAGACCUGGGCGUGGCCUCAGGUUGGCAUCUCUCCUCCCAGCCCCCAGCUCCGCCCGCUCUGCUCCUUCUGGAAGCAGCUCCCCUGUUUCUCCUCCUGGACAGCUUCCUUGAGGACAGAAAACAAACAAAAACCAAAGUCCCUGGCAACUUGUGGCCAGAGGGGCCCGAGUGUCCUCUCUCCAGGGGCAGGCAGGAGUGUCAGCCCCUCCAGCCCCAAGCCCGGGCCUGCCCCUGGCCUCAGGGCAGUGUCCUCUGGUCCCCUCCUGUGGGAAUGAGAUCGCAGGCUGUGCCCCAAUUAAACAAGAGAGGCCUUGGCCCCUGUGCUGUGCUUUUUGGGGCAGUGGGGACGGCUGGGUGAGUGCCUUUUGACUCAGGUUUGGGUUCUGCACCAUUCACCCAUGUAUCCUCUAUCCUCCUGCCCAUCCUUCUGUCUGUCUAGCGUCAUCCAUCUGCCAAGCCACCCACCCCUUGUCCAUCUGCCCAGCCAUCUAUCCAUCUGUCCAUCCAUUUCCAAUCACCUGUUCGUCCGUCAUCCAUCCACUCAUCCAUCUACCCAUUCCUCCAUCUGUUCAUGUCUGUCGGACCAUCCAUUUAUCCAUAUGUUUAUUGAACACCUGCUUCUGGGUCCUGUUGCAGGGCCCUGUUAACCACCAAGACCUUCCCAUGUCCUACUGGGGGGUAUAGGUCAGCACAACACAGAACCCCUCCCCCUCUGAUCUUACCCAGAGCCUACAUUGGAAUCAGGACUUGCUCAAUGCUAUGUGCUUGGAGAGAGGAAAUCACACAGCCCUGGAGCCAAGGGCCUGGGUUUGAAUCCUGUCUCCACUUCUUACUAGCUGUGGGACUUAACCUCUCUGAACUUCUGUUACCUCAUCUGUGAGAUGGGUGAAUGAUGUGAACAGCGCUUCCCUGUGUGUGAGGUCGGCGGGGGCGGUGGUACGGAUUUGCUGUACCGGUGGCUGUGACGUAGCCCACACGGGGGCUUACACACUCAAUGUUCAUUCUUUGGCAACAAUUUAUCGAACGCUAAGUACACGCCAGGCAUGGUUAUAAGGUCCUAGGGAUACCUUAUAACAACAGGUACCAACCCCCCGCCCCAAAUCCCUGCUCUUGUGAUGUUUACAUUGGGUGGUAGACAGUACAGAAAAUAAACUUACAGUGUGUAAGAUGCUGGUAACUGCUCUGGAGAAAAUAAAGCACGGUUGAGGUUUG